AUGAAUCCGGCCCGAAAUUUGAGAGCUGAAUAUCAGAGCAAAGUGCGAGUAACAGACAAAUACAAAGUCAUUGGUUUCAUUUCCAGUGGCACCUAUGGCCGUGUCUACAAGGCUCAUGGUCGCCAUGGCCAACCAGGCGAGUUCGCCAUCAAGAAGUUCAAGCCGGACAAGGAAGGCGAGCAGGUCACCUACACGGGCAUCUCGCAAUCCGCCGUGAGAGAAAUGGCCCUCUGCUCCGAACUCAACCACGCCAACGUCAUCAAGCUCAUCGAAAUCAUCCUCGAGGACAAGUGCAUAUUCAUGGUCUUUGAGUACGCCGAGCACGACUUGUUGCAAAUCAUCCACCACCACACCCAGCAACCGCGGCAUCCCAUCCCGCCAAACACCAUCAAGAGCAUCAUGUUCCAGCUCCUCAACGGCUGCCAAUACCUGCACACCAACUGGGUCCUCCACCGUGAUCUCAAACCAGCCAACAUCAUGGUCACGUCGUCGGGGGAGGUGAAAAUUGGCGAUCUCGGUCUCGCCCGCCUGUUCUACAAACCCCUCCACAGCUUGUUCUCGGGCGACAAAGUCGUAGUGACGAUCUGGUAUCGCGCUCCCGAGCUGCUGCUGGGAAGCAGGCACUACACGCCCGCGAUCGACAUGUGGGCCGUGGGCUGCAUCUUUGCCGAGCUGCUCUCUCUCCGCCCCAUCUUCAAGGGGGAGGAAGCAAAAAUGGACUCGAAAAAGACGGUGCCGUUUCAGCGGAACCAGAUGCAAAAGAUUGUGGACGUCAUGGGCCUGCCGACGAAGGAGCGGUGGCCGUUGCUGACGAGCAUGCCCGAGUACUCGCAGCUGCCGUCGCUGUCACCGCCAUUGGGAGGCGGUGGCGGUGGUGGGCAUGCAGGUCACCACGGACAUCACGGGUAUGGUUCACACCAUCAUCACCAGUCCCACCACGGACGAGGCGGGAACAACGCAGCCGCGAGCGUCUCCCACUUGGAAAAGUGGUACUACGGCACCAUCAACCAGCAGAUUUCGUCGACGGCGCAGGCCAAUGGGGCGAGCUCGCUUUCGGUGCUCGGCGCGCAGGGGUACAACUUGCUGGCUGGGCUGCUGGAGUACGAUCCGGAAAAGAGACUGACGGCUGCCAAUGCGCUCCAGCACCCGUUCUUUGCCGAGAGCCCGGAUCCGAUCAAUGCGAACUGCUUCGCGGGGGUCAAGAUGGAAUACCCUCAUCGGAGGGUUAGUCAGGACGAUAACGAUAUACGAACGGGGAGCCUGCCGGGGACCAAGAGAAGCGGGUUGCCGGAUGAUUCGCUGAGACCGGGGAAGAGAGUGAAGGAGAACUGA